CCAAGUUCCCAGGCUUAUUACAGCCUUCCUGCGUGCCCGGCUAUGGGAAACGCGAUCGCCCGUGCAAAAUCCCCACCUAUGUAAUAAGUGCGCCGGAGCCCAUCGGCUUUUCCCACAGUCCUCUGACCUCGCCUCGUCCAUUCGUGCAUGCCAUUGUAACCCUCCGUCUGCCUCAUGCCUCGCCUCUCCCCCUUGGUCGGCGCCGCCCUCGCGGCCACGGCGUUUGCAGCGCCCACCGCCGCCCCGUCCAAGUUCACGUACUACAACCUGACCACGCCGCUCGCCGCGCCAUGCGAUCUCAACACCGGCCCCGACGGUAACAUUUACGCCAGCACUUUCCUCGCCAACAAGCUCGUCGAGGUCGACAUCACCUCUGCCAACCCGACGCUGACGGAGAUCACCAUUCCCUACACCCUGCCUCAACUCCCCGACUCUGCCCUGCCCGCUCGUCUCCAAGGUGCCGGAUCCUGCGUGGUGCAGCCCGGCGCGGACGGCAAUGUCUACCUUGCCACUGGAGUGCGCAACCAGCUCGCCCAGUACAACCCGCAGACGAAGAAGUUCAAAUUCUUCGAGAACUCCGGAGGCACCGCCGGCAACCUGCAACCAUUUAACGAUGCAUGGCCCACAGAGACUGGACUAUGGUUCACGCAAACAACCGCCAACGUCCUGACCUUCUUCGACUACGCAACAGAGCAAAUGACAAGCUACGAAGUACCUACCCCACUCUCGUCGCCCGUCGGCGUGUACGUGGUGCCGAGCGGCGACGUGUGGAUCUGCGAAUUCGUCGGCCAGAAGAUUGCCAAAUUCGAUCCGACGACCAAGCAGUUCACCGAGUACCCCGUGCCCCUCACGCUGCUGGGGCCGGCGGUCGUGCGCGCCUUCACCGGCGGCAAGUACCUGUGGUUUACGGCGAUUGCGACCAAUGCCAUUGGGCGCAUUGACAUCACCACCGGCGCGUUCAAGACGUAUCUCGACACGGCCAACGUCGGGGUGCCGAUUGAAGACACGAACGACAAGAAUGGCAACGUCUGGUUUUCCACCGCCCUCUCCAACACCCUCAACUACAUCACCCCGAGCACGGGCAAAAUCACCGCCAUCCCGCAGCCCGACAGCGGCAUCACCUCGCUGCCCGUCUCCCUGCCCCCCGUCGCCAACAUCGCCGUCCACUACGUGUCGCAAGACAAUUCCAUCUGGUUCACUCAACUGGCUGCCAACCGCGUCGGUCGCUACCAGCUGUCCGGCAAUCAGUAGACGCAGUAUUGAUGAACGGGCGUUGCUUGGGAGGAACUUUGCCGUGGUCUCUGACUAUUCUUGGGUAAAAGGUUGGGCGAAAGGCCUCAACGAAAGAUGUCAUUAUUACCACUUGCCUUCUAUUCUAUAUUCAGCUACUAGAAUAUAUUCAGU